UCUAUGGUGCAGUGUGCGUAGUCUUUGGCUUUCGAAAACUCCGUCGCGUCCUGCCAUUGGCCAGACCAAAUUCGUCGAAUACGAGACUGGCGCCGUUGGUCGCUUGGUGUGUGGCCCGCUUAAACCUGGAUUGGCGGCUUGGUUGGUUUGGACUGGUGGAUGUUUUGAAGGCGUGUUUGAGAAGUGUUGGAACGCUGCUUUUUUAUCGGUCUGUUUCUUAAAUUUUAGGUGCUAAUGUGUGUGGCUAUGUGGAAAAGCAACGCUCGGCUAUCCAUUGCUCGAAGCUGACGCAAGCAAGCAUCGACAACACGAAGCAGUUAUGCAGCAUUCUGAAGACUUAUCAGAGACGUUUACCUUAAACUCACCAGAAUUGUCUCGAAAGUAUGCUGAAAAGGCCUGCCUUCAGAGAAGCCCUGAUGACUCCCCACACCAGCAUCAGAGUAAAGCAGCCAGGCAAUCAUCUCUCCUGUUUGUUGAGAACGUACGAAGGAUGGAUACGAAAGCAGGGUCCUCAUCAAGUAAUUCAGUACAACGGUAUUUCAACAGCAUUAUAAAAGUUACGCCUACACGAACAGAUGUUCAAGGCCUCAUAGGAAUCCCACAGUAUAGCCCAGUAGCUAUCUCAGAAGCUUCUCAGGCUUCGGUACAGACACCGAGAGCAAGGGAAGAUAAUGAGCCCAAGCAGCACUUGCUGACGGUUGAUCCUCUAGUCGCGAAAGAGCCAGACGACAUUGCAGUAGUGAACAGUCCUCAGAGGAAAGUUAGUCGGAGAAUAGCCAUUGCAUUCCCAUACAAUGGUUGGACAAGUGGCUUACCUACUGGUGUGGACAACGAUGAUAAUGUCUGUGAACAGCCCAGCGCUGACAGUGCAGAGAGAAAACUUAAGCACCCAGACAAUGCUAUCAGCUCCAGCAAUGGGACAAAGCUCUCGAGUUAUCAGGAUCAAGGAACAGAAACAUGCAAUGCCCCUGGAAACCAAAAGCAGGGUCGCACCAACGUUCAAGAAAAUGAAUCUUUAGGGGAUCACACGCCUCGCUUCAAUUUGCGAAGAAAGAGACCUGGUGUAGUUAUACCACAGGCAGCAACAGUAAAUAAGCUCAAAACCAAAUCCCCUAAUGUUUCUCAACUAGGAAAUAAGAAUGCAUCAACUGCAGCUGACUUGAAGCAAGAAGGGAGCAAGAUGGCCGACAGCAGCAAGCUUCAGUGCAAAAAUAUACGCAUUCCAUCUCCGAGUUCCAGCUCUCCAUGUGGUUCUCAGAAAGGGUAUGGGUCUAAGCCAUUGCCAUUAAUCUCUAGGGACCUGUGGAGCUCUGCAAGUCGUGAAAAACCUUUAAGGAAACCUUUACGGAAACCACGAAAACCACGGAAACCUUUAAGCAGCUUAGCAAAUCGAGCCUUUCCUGAGCCAGCUUCCCCCUUGAACAAUACCCAUGAGCAGUGGUUCAUGAGAGAGGUGUUUCCUGAACUAGUCAAGAAAAACAGCGCCUGGGCCAAAUUCGAAACACCUUUCAUGCAAAAUAGCUCCAGAUCCUUUCAGAGCCCUCAGACACCCUGCAAGAGCCCACUUGCAGUGCCUGUUGAAGCAAGGCCCGAUGGGCCCAAUGCUCAUCAUGAAGGAGCAGCCAAAGAAAAGAACAAUCUUUGGUCUGCACAAAAAGGUUUGCGCUCUCAGGGUUCUGAAAGUAACAAGAGAGUUGGGCCAACAAAGAAAAGUGAGAUUAAGGCAGCAAGUGCCUUAAAGUGUGGGACUGGUUUACAGCGGGAAAGUGCAGAAGUUGCAAAGAAUAUUGAGGAAUCGCAUGGCAAAGCAGUUUUACCAGUGACUGGAGAUGCGGUGCCUGUAUGCUGUGAAGCUCUGGAAAGUCUCGGAGCUGAAAAUGAGCCUUUUGAAUCGCCCAGAAAGAAGCGGUGUGCAUCAAAAUCCUCAUUAGCAAUUGACUCUCGCCUGGAAACUGUGAAACCCAGGAUAAACUUUUGGCAGAUCCCAGGGAAAUCUUCGAACAAAACCACUCGGCAUGACGAAAAUCCAAUAGCAUUAUUGAAAGUUGCUAAAGAAAAAGCACUUCCUGAAGCACCUGCAGCUAGCGCAAAGCUCUUGGACAGCACGGGUGAAGAAAAUAUUUGCUGGAUCAAGUCACUUUGGAAGCAGAGGAAAUCCACACUUGUAACUGCUUCAGCACUGAAGUCCAGAAAAGUUCCAAGUACUUAUCCGAACCACAAGGUCUCGAAGCCAGCUGUACAUGGAAAGAAGAGUGACACACCCAUCGAACCCCCUAAAGGCGGUCUUCAACAGGAAGCCAAGGAUGCCAUUGUACAGACAUCUGAGUUGUUUGACGUCCAACAGGAAGUCAAGGAUGCCAUAGUACAGACAUCAUUCAUGUGCAUGAUUGGAAAGAGCAUCAACUUGAGCAAAGCAGGAAAGAAGUGCUUGCGUGAAGUGAAAGGAUGCAAGAGAAGCACUUGCUGUGAGCACACUUAUGAAGCACUUCACAUCAAGGAGGAGGAAGUGAAGUUCAUGGACUUGUCUGCGAAACAAGCGCUUGGCAAUGGCGCUAUUACCUUUGGCCACUAUUUUUCUACUGACACUACUACCUUCGGUGUUAUGAGACUAGACCCAAGUUGUGAAAAGGCAAUGUCUGCGAACAAUCACCAUGACAUGUUUCUUUACGCUGUUGAUACUGGAGUGAACAUAACUACGUUAGGAGGCACUUGGAUGCUUCUCCAAAAAGGAUCUGCUUUCUACAUCAGCAGAGGCUUACCAUUUACGCUGAAAAACCUCAAUGAGACAAUGGUCAAGAUUCUUUAUGUACUCACAGAGCCGUCCAAGGCUGAUCCAGUGAUGUGACAUGUUGAGGGCACAUUAUGUAAAUGUUCUAAAUACCAUUGUUUUUACUGCAUUGUCAUACUUGCAAAAAUGUGAUUUUUUUUCUUCUUUUAUUUCUUGUGUAGUUUUACCCUCGAACAAAGAUAUGUAUACAACUUUUUAAAGGCAUUUUUCUUGAUAUUUCAAACUUUUCACUCCUGAUUUUUAGUUUUGACAAUGCCAUAUAUGUAAAGGCAUGUUUUGUACAGUAUUUGGGGGUGUGUGAAUAUUCGAAAUCUUUGAGUAACAAAUUGAAUAUUGCACUAUUUUAUUUGGUCUUUAAAUCAAAUAGUCACUAUAUUUGUAAAUAGCCAUACUUAUUUGGCUAAACAGCUUUCGCACUCACCCAUAAGUCCUGAGCUUGCAAACAAACUGCUUUAUUCUUCCUAAUGCUCAGUUUUGCUUUUAAAAAGAAUGGUUCAUAACCUACAUUCUCAUGACAGGAAGUUUCCUAACAUGAAUAUUUUAGGACAUGAAGACUGAUAAUGAGAAGUGCUCAUUAUUUGAAAACUACUAAAAAAGUAUUCUGUUUGAUAAUUCAAUUUGUUUCUUGCACCAUUUGAAUCCUAUUCUAUUUGGUCUCAGAAAUGUUUAUUCACACACCCCCGGUAGCAUUGCCUCGAGCCAGUGUACAAAUAUUUAACUUGCGUGCCUUGUACAUAGUUUCGGCUGCACUAAUGGACCUGUAGUUGAGUUUCUUGUUUGCUUAAAUUAUUUAAGAAUUAAUUCAUCGUACCAUAUCAUUGUACAUAUACUGUAACUGUUUCUGUGAAAUAAAAAGAAUUCACAUUUCUUGUGA